UUUAUAAUGUCGGCUCUCGAGUAAAAAUCGAAGGCGCUAACAAUUUUAUAUAUUGUGAAUUGCAACAUGUGACGUUUGUUAUUCCGAAAAAUACUACCUCCAACGACACCAACACUGCAGUCUCUCCUCCGUCGUCUCGUCGGGCUACUAUUGUCCGAAGCAUCGCAGAACAGUCACCCCCACCAAAAAAAAACCAAAACUUGUCAAUUAUUCCACCACCCUCUCAAGUACCACCGCGUCGGAAACUGAGUCAAGCGGCUCCAUGCAAAUUGAGGACAUCAAUCCCAAUGAAGACGUAUCGAACGAAGUUAACUA